AUGGAAGUAACAGCCACAGGUAAUGCAAUAACGUUAUAUAUUUUUUGUGUAUUAACCCUAUGUCACCUAAAUAGGAUCACUCUGAAGAAAAUGCCCUCCAUUCGAGAGACUCUUAAGGAGACAGGGGUCACACCAGCAGAAGUGUUUGCAGAACUUGCACCAAAGUUGGAUGCCAGUCCUUCACUUCACAAUGGCACGGCCACAACACCUCUAACCAACUAUCUGGAUACUCAGUACUUUGGGGAGAUAAGUAUUGGUACACCAGCACAGAUGUUCAAUGUUGUGUUUGAUACCGGUUCUGCCAACCUUUGGGUUCCUUCACAGAGCUGUUCUCCACUAUACACAGCAUGCUUUACUCAUAACAGAUAUGAUGCCUCUAAAUCUCACACACAUAUUCAAAAUGGAACAGGAUUCUCCAUCCAGUAUGCUUCUGGAAACGUGCGGGGAUUUCUGAGCGAGGAUAUAGUUGUGGUGAGUGGUAUCCCAGUGGUGCAAGUGUUUGCAGAGGCCACAGCUCUCCCAGCCAUCCCAUUCAUCUUUGCAAAGUUUGAUGGCGUGCUGGGAAUGGGUUAUCCAGAGGCAGCUAUUGAUGGCAUUACACCAGUGUUUGAUCGUAUUAUGUCUCAGGGCGUGCUGAAAGAGGACAUUUUCUCGGUGUAUUACAGCAGAGACCCAGAACACAUCCCAGGAGGAGAACUGGUUUUGGGCGGCACAGAUCCGAAUUACUACACAGGACUCUUCCACUACAUCAGCACCAAGGGCGAGGGCAAGUGGGAGGUCAUAAUGAAGGGUGUAUCCGUGGGUAAAGAUACGUUGUUCUGUACAGAAGGCUGUAAUACUAUGAUUGACACAGGCUCCUCCUACAUCACUGGCCCCGCCUCUUCUGUGUCCAUUCUGAUGAAGACGAUUGGUGCUGUGGAGCUGGCAGAGGGAGGAUAUACCGUGAACUGUGACCUGGUGAUGUCCUUACCCAGUGUGACCUUUCAUCUUGGUGAUCAAGAGUAUCCUCUGACACAGGAAGACUAUGUUCUCUGGCAGUCACAGUUUGGGGAGGACAUCUGCACUGUGACAUUCAGAGAGCUGGACCUUCCACCUCCUGCUGGUCCUGUUUGGAUACUGGGGGCUAAAUUCAUUUCGCGAUAUUACACAAUGUUCGACCGAAAAAACAACCGCAUUGGCUUUGCUCAUGCAGUGUGACACUCCAGAUAUUACUAUACUAUAACAUACCAUACCACACCGUCACACCAUACCACACCCUACCAUAC